GAAGCAUAACACAUGGCAAAGGACAAGAAAUUACAAACAAAUCAAGAAGUGGAAAAAGAGCAAGAAAAUGGCUCGCCUUUUUCCGAUUUUUGGGUUCCAAUUUCAGCUGCAAUUGCAGUUCGAGCAGUAUGUGCUUCAUAUUCAGACCUGUUCGAAGAACGUGUUGAAUUGACAUCAGUUGUAUAUUCUUUUGAAAAAUUGAAAGACUCUAUUGCAAUGGUCGACGAUGGCCUCAAUCCAUUUGAAGCGAAAAAUAUGCACUUUCCUCCAUUGACACUACAUCUCUUCCGUUUCCUUCUAAAUACUGCUCCAACUAUGAUUCUUCCAUUGUUCAUUAGUAUUGACGUGGCAACAACAUGGAUUUUAUCCAGUGCUGCCGAUGUCGUUUGGAGGCAAACUCACGGAUCUUCAAGUAUUAGAAAACUGAUUUUCAGUCUCUAUGCAUUCAAUCCCAUCACAAUAGUCUCUACAGGAAUUCUAUCACUGACUGUUAUUCAGAAUUUCGUCUCAGCCGUCAUUUUAUUAUCACUGGUAACAGAUCGUCCCACAAUCUGUGCAAUUCUUAUCGGAGCUUGGUCAUCAUUCACAAUCUAUCCAUUUAUACUGAUUUCCUGCCUCGUUUUCCGAUCGAAUGGUUCUAUCGUGAAAUUCCUCUCCCUUGUGUUGGUCUCUGCUCUGACAACUAUCACAUUCGUAGGAAUCAACUAUUUGCUCAAUAAUCAAUCCUUGAACUUCUUGGGACCUGUCUAUGCAUCAAUUUUAAAUUUCUCGAGUAUCCAACCGAAUUCUGGACUUUACUGGUACUUCUUCGUGCAGAUCUUCGAACAUUUCCGAUCAUUCUACACAAUGUCAUUUGUUGUGCUGUAUUUCUUCAUGCCAAUUCCAAUUACUUUUUUGAUUAGGAAAGAUACAAUUCUGCAUUUUACUAUAAUCGGAUUUCUUGUCUCAAUAUUUUUCCCAUAUCCAACUUUAAACCAAGUGUCUCUUCUUCUAGCUUUCCUUCCAGUUCAUGAUGUUUAUAAAAAACACUUCCGGUACACAAUACUCAUCGCCGGUACGAUCGUCUCCACAGUCUUCUUAAUGCCAGUUAUGUGGCAUAUGUGGAUCGUCAGUUCUAGUGGAAAUGCUAACUUCUUCUUCGGAACCACAAUUGUUUACAAUGUGGCGCUAAUCAAUUUAGUUAUGGAUAUGAUCUUCGUUUACUCGCGACGACAAAUCGACUUGGAGUAUAGUGAUGCACUCAAGAAAAAUACAAAAAUGGAUUUCGCAUUUUAUUGAUCUCCCUGUAAAUGCUUUACUUGUUUAUCCCUUUCUUUCCUUUUGUGAUAAUUUAUUAAUUAUUCUGCGAAA